CAGGGUGUGAAGAAGCCAUUUACAGAGGUGAUAAAAGCCAAUAUUGGAGAUGCACACGCCAUGGGCCAGAAGCCAAUCACAUUCCUCAGACAGGUCACUGCCCUCUGUCUCUACCCAGAGCUGCUUAACGACAACAAGUUCCCGGAUGAUGCCAAGCAGAAGGCGAUGCGGAUCCUGCAGGCCUGCGGGGGCAACAGCAUCGGCUCCUACAGCGCCAGUCAAGGUAUCGAGAUCAUUCGGCAAGAUGUGGCCAAAUACAUAGAGACUAGAGAUGGCGGAAUAAGAAGCAACCCGGACGACAUCUACCUCUCCACAGGGGCCAGCGAUUCCAUUGUGACGAUGCUGAAGCUUCUGGUGGCCGGUCAGGGUAACGCUCGCACAGGGGUGAUGAUCCCCAUCCCUCAGUACCCUCUGUACUCUGCUGCCCUGGCGGAGCUGGGUGCUGUUCAAGUGAAUUAUUACCUGGAUGAGGAGAAUUGCUGGGCGCUGGACAUCACAGAGCUGCGGAGAGCACUGGAAGAGGCACGGAAACACUGCAACCCCAAAGUGUUGUGUAUCAUCAACCCAGGAAAUCCCACAGGUCAGGUUCAGAGCCGGAAAUGUAUUGAGGAUGUCAUUCGUUUUGCUGCUGAAGAAAAUCUUUUCCUGAUGGCCGAUGAGGUCUACCAGGAUAAUGUCUAUGCCAAAGGCUGUGCCUUCCACUCCUUCAAGAAGGUUUUGUUUGAGAUGGGCCCCAAAUACUCCGAUGUGGUGGAGCUGGCUUCCUUCCAUUCUACGUCCAAAGGAUUCAUGGGAGAGUGCGGCUUCCGAGGGGGCUACAUGGAGGUGGUCAAUAUGGACCCAGCAGUGAAGCAGCAACUGACCAAACUGGUGUCUGUCCGUCUGUGUCCCCCUGUGCCCGGACAGGCUCUGCUGGACGUGGUGGUGAAUCCCCCUCAACCUGGAGACCCCUCCUACAAAGAGUUCAUAGCGGAGAAACAAGCGGUCCUCGGUAAUCUGGCAGAGAAAGCUCGACUGACCGAAGAAAUCCUGAACCAGGCACCCGGGAUACAAUGUAACCCUGUCCAGGGCGCUAUGUACUCCUUCCCCAGGAUAGAGAUGCCGGAGCGGGCCAUCAAACUGGCACAGGCAGAAGGCCAGGCCCCAGAUAUGUUCUUCUGCAUGAAACUUCUGGAAGAAACUGGGAUCUGCGUUGUUCCAGGGAGCGGCUUUGGCCAGCGGGAGGGGACACACCACUUCAGGAUGACCAUCCUGCCACCUACUGAAAAGCUGAAGAUUCUCUUGGAGCGACUGAAGGACUUCCACCAGAAAUUUGUCCAGGAAUACUCCUAG